AUGGUUAAGGCUGUUGCUGUCCUCCGUGGUGACGCUAAGGUCGCCGGCACCUUCGGUGACAACACCAACGGCUGCACCUCCGCUGGUCCCCACUUCAACCCCUUCGGCAAGACCCACGGUGCUCCCACUGACUCCGAGCGUCACGUUGGUGACCUUGGCAACUUCAAGACCGAUGCCGAGGGUAACUCCAACGGCUCCACGCAGGAUCAGCUUAUCAAGCUGAUUGGUGCCGAGUCCGUUCUGGGCCGCACUCUGGUCGUCCACGCCGGUACUGAUGACCUUGGCAAGGGUGGUAACGAGGAGUCCAAGAAGACCGGUAACGCUGGUCCCCGCCCUGCUUGCGGUGUCAUCGGUAUUGCCGCAUAA